CCAAUGCUACAGGACAGAGUGGCUGAAAAGCAACGCAAGCCUAAUUGGUUCUGCCAUCUGCCAUCCUUUACCGAGAAUUACCAGCGUGUUGAUUUUGGCGAUGGAUAAACCAGUCAGUGAAUUUACAGAGAUCGAUCACUGUGGAUGUGUAUGACACAGCUUCAGGUGUGCAGCCAGCACAUAUAGUUACUGAGAGGAUAAUCUCUUACUGUCUGGGGACUCAAAUCUCCGGCCCAUAGUGAACGCAGGGGCUCGCUCGGCUCCAGGCUUCGGGAAUUUCUCCACCUUGUACUCAUUGGGAGCGGGACCGCCACCUGGAAUAAAGUCAAGCGCUGAAUGGAUCAACUUUCCAGUGCUCCUAUGAUGAACGCCAGUAUGAUGUCCCCAUCACCUCUUCUAGUCAACUGUUCAGAACCCGUAUGUAAUUCGUCCUUGACCGAAGUGGACCAUGAUCUACUGAUGCAAGAAAACGACAGACAUGCACUUCAGUACAUUCCGGUAAUGAUAUACGUUGCCAUGCUUAUGGUCACCGGCGUCUUUGGCAACGGCCUUGUUGUCUACGUCUAUCGACGUCGCUUUAAGAAGACAUCUUCCAAUUACUUCAUCCUGACGAUGGCCAUAUUUGACCUUGUCGCCUGCCUGAUUGGAAUGCCGACCGAGAUCUACGACCUUCGUUAUCCGUACGCGUUCUACAGUUCGUCAGGAUGCAAGAUCUUCCGGUUUGCCGAGACUUUUUCAAUAUACGGGUCAGCGUGCGUCCUGCUAGAAAUUGCCUUUGACCGUUACUUCAAAAUCUGCCGUCCGUUAAUGGUGAUCAGCUUGUUUAAGAUCAAGAUGUUGUGUAUUCUAGCAGCAGUUAUGGCCCUUGUUCUUUCGGCACCCGCAGCAGUCAUCUUCGGCAUCAGCCAUCCCAUCAUCCCCAACACAAACCUCAUGGGCUACGACUGCUCCAUCGACAAAGACUACAAGAACAAGGUGUUCCAGAUCGUGUACUAUGGCGUUCUCAUGCUGAUCUUCGUGGCGUUUCUCCUCAUCCUGACGGUCCUGUACAUCAGGAUCUGGAUGGAGAUACGGAGCCGGCAGAAGAUGGUCAUCGGCGACCAGAUCUCCAAACCAACGGAAGAAGUACACGAACGCAAGAAGAUGCGGGUCAAAUAUCUUCCAAGCGUCAGCGACGAAGACUCUUGCUCAAACAGCAACGGUCAUACAGUCUCCGCCACACAGACCGUGCGCUCCCGUUUCGCAAGCUUGUCCACGUACGCCUCCAAACUCCACGUAAGCCGUACGACAAUCGUACUUUUCGCCGUCACCGUAGCCUUCCUUAUAAGUUAUUUGCCUGCUAUUGUCAUAAUGAUCAUCCGAUCUGUGGACAAAAGCAUUGAAGAGACUCAGAGCACCACUGCGGCCGUUACAAGCAAGCUCUUCUCCAAGUUCUUUCUCAUCAAUAACGCAAUCAAUCCAAUCAUCUACAGUUUCUUGAACAUUAACUUCAGACGCCAGGCUAAGAUAGCGAUCAAGAAGCUUCUGUGUUGUGAAAGGAGGAGAAGGAGAUAUCCACAGAAAUGUGACUCUGACAGAAGCACGAAGAAGGAAAUGAUUCCUAUUGACUGUUGACUGUCGUGUAGCUUUUAGUGUAUCAACACCGACUAUAGCGAACCCCGUUAGACCGAACCCUCUCUUUCCGGGCGGUUACUGUUGGUAGCGUAUGAGAGACCUUAUCCGUAUACCCAUGAUUCUUAAACGGGCAUCUGUUAAUGCGGACGAUUUCAUGGGGGAGCAACAUAGUUCGGAUUAACGAGGUUUUGCUAUUAACGAGGUUUUGUUGUAUACAACCCAUGACGGAGGUGGCCGGCCCAUCUCCUCUCAUUCCUGUAGUACAUAUGCUUGCAUUUGACUUAGAAUACUUUUUUUUAUAAAUAAAGUGUUGUUGGCGAUGUGUGAUAUGUGUCAAAAAUAUCUUGUGCCACAAAAGAAAAAUACAUCUUUUGUAAAGAAGAACAUUUUCGUCUCAUAUACGGGGAUGCGGGUGGCCCGUUCGUUUAAGGCUAUUCGCAUGGUGGGACCGUUAGUUGUGCCAGAAACACGUGGUACUAGGUUCGAAGCCCUGAUUAUGUUUCUUGGUUUGUCACCACCAUACAGCGCGUUACACCAAAUGAAGUCAUCAAUUCAAGCUUUCUCUCACACCAAAUCCACACUCUUGAUAUAACCGAAAUUCGCUUCCAACGCAACCACUAACUCAUAUACUGUAUAUUGAAACUGGUUAUCCUUCGAGCAGCUGUAAAUUACAUGAAUUUAUAUAGAGUGGUAUUUUUUACAUGGAUUCUAUCUCCCUGUAUUUUCACGUUUUUCAAAUUCGCUCCUAGCCCCCAUUUUAACAUGGGUUAGGGUGUGUCGAUGGUCACACAUAUUUUCAGUUGUAAUUUUUAGAAAGUAUCAAAUAUAGUGAGUUUUUUGUAUCUGACAGUAACACACUGAAAAAUGUGUAUGUUUUUAUAUCACUCUGGUAGACAUUAAAAUAAUCAUUUUCGUUCCAGGGGUACAAUGUGUGAAGCCGAUAUCUGGUCUUCUCCGCCGUAAUAUUGCUGGAAUAUUGCUAAAAGCGGCGUAAAAUCAAUUCACUCACUCACUCAUUUUCGUUCCUGAUUUUUAGUUCUUCCCCUUAAGUGAAACUUCGUGGUAGGAGGCCGUUUAUAAGAAACAUUUGUAGACUUAAUCUGAAAAGUAUAUACGGGCCACGACAGGGAAAUUGUAAAUAGUCACGAAAAUCAGCAUGCAUAUAUGUAUUUCCUGGGAGACGAACACCGAAAAGCGUCAGUGUCAGUACAGUGCAUGGAGUUUAGACGUAGUAUUAGUCAGAUGUAUCCGCUGGUCGGAACUCGUCAUGACGUCGGUGUGAGCUCGGCUCCGUCUCCCAUGUGUUAGUAAACUAGCAUCAACCAGGAUAUGGGUUGUAACUUCGAGUUCGGGAGGAGUAAUAAGUUCGCCCUUUCGCUGCUCUUAACCCAAACUCGGUACACAAUGAUCCAAAUGUAGAACUCUAGCUUAAAGAUGCUCUCGCAUGCUCUCGGCGAAUAACGUCGCCUUGAAAUGCUAAUCGUUUGGCGUUUAUAUUUUUUUAUGAAUUAACUUACUGGUCAGUAGUAUCACUUUCAGUUUUCACUUACGCCAAGGGCGAUUAUCAAUAAAACAAUCACACUGUCCUAAGCACUGAAUACAAUGACCUGUAAUGUUCUCUCCAAGCAGUGUGAGGCUAAAUUUGUUCACCAGUAUAAACUGUUUCAACAUUCCUGUUACAUUUCACAAAAAUGUCUCAUGUAAGAUAAAGAAUUGGAUAUUUUUCCUCGGCCUGUCGACGUACACCAAUGAAAAGAUAUCCGUAAUUUGAUAAGCUAAAAAUAUAAACUGUUAAUUAUUGUACUACAAUAGAGUAGUAUGAGAUAUGGAAGAAUAUUUUGGAGCUGAGGGAUACGACUAGCCACGACUAGGCAUCAGCCAGGGUGACCGUAUACGUCUGCUGGUAUUUAGUUACUUUGUGAAUUAUGCCCACAGUUGUUAAGUAAAUAAUGGUCUUUCCGAAGAACACAAAUAAAAAAAUGCAUAAAGUUCAGCUGUGUCAAAAUAUUUAUCUUUUAUAAAUAAAAGAGAUGGUUGCUUUACUACACGUAGAAUAUUAAUUGACAAAUAUGCAUUAAAAUCAAACAUAACUUUUAAACAUUUUUAUUAUUUUUAACAUAUUAUAUACAUCACUUUUGCAGGAAAUUGGUAUCUAUUUACUUAUUGGUACUUAUUGAUAUCUGUAAUCAGCUGCUGUCAGCUGUAGUUAGUUGCAUGUAAAGUAAAGAAAUGUCGAUGUUAAUGUUGUGUUUGUCAGAUUUCAUGAAGUAUCACUCGUUAAUGUUUUAUCAGUGUAUAUAUAUAUAUAUAUAAGUGUUAUAAUAUUUGUUAUUUAUUUGUUGUGUAUAUACUAACAUAAUAAGAGUGUUUUUAUGGCUUGUGUCGACGUAUUUUUGAUGCUUUCUGGAACUGUCUUAUUUAUAGCAUUGUGUGUUUCCAUGUUGCUUGUAUAGUGUUGUUUGCGGGCCAAACUUGCGUCGGAUCUCACGUGCUAUAUGUAUGUCAAUAUGUGGACACCAACCUGAGCUCAAUCACCUUGGAAACGCCUACACCCCAUUUCUCAUGACUUAAUUCCCUUUUUAGAAGUGGUUUGUCUCUUCCGGUCCCCCAACAUCCGGGCACUGUCAGUUUGUAUAUUGCCAAUUUAUGUCGUGUUUCGAUAGUUGACAGUUUCGGGAGACAUCAGCGUAACAACUGUUGUAGAUGUAUUUUUGUAUAACCCAGCCCUAAUCCAUUAUCUGUUUGGUAUUAGAGUGUUAUUUUCAUUGUGAUUAUUUUCCCUCGAUCAUCUUAAAUACUCCCUAAAGCGGCGUUAAACUCAAUUCACUCACUUACUCAUUAUUACGCUACAAGUGCCUGUGAAAACCAAGAACACAAUUGAGCUUUUUGUUUCAUAUAAAUAGCUAAAAGCGAAACGCUUUUGGUAUGAUUCUAUUUUUAAGUCAAGCUGUUUAAAAUGAAUUCAAAAUAAUUUUCAUUAUGACAUUCUCCGCCUGUCAUCUUUCAUUUAUGAAAAAAAUGAUUUUUUUUUAACAAAAUGGCAGCAGGACUCUUAUGACUAUGAAACAAUGGAUUUUGUGUGUAAGUUUGAUCAAAAUGUAUAAACUUGAUAUGAAUAUAUAACUACUAUUUUGUUAAGAUAUAUGAAUGUCGGUAUUCAGUAUGUGUAUUCGUUAUCACUCCCCUGUACGGAACUAGCAGAAAAUAGUACACGAAAAUGUACGAAUGUUGACGAAUAUAUCGUUGCCAUGAAUUUGCUUGUGUUCUACAUUUACAGUGUUUAUAGUACUGUUUAAUAUUAUGUCGUGUUUUGGACAAUGCAGAUAUAUACACGCUAUUGUUGAUAUCCAUGAAUAGCUUGCAUUGGAAGAGUAUUGUAUUGUAUUUAUGGACUUUUCAUUUCUUCAUUGUCAUUGCUAUCGGCCAUUGAUGUUUGGCUGCGCAUUUGGUUUGACAGAGACUGGGUUUCCGUCUACUGAUGGGUAAUGUAUGAUGUACCUCUAAACCAGUGCGAUUUCGCCAUAAAAUAACGGAAAAUCUCAUUGCAUGUCAACGGCUUGUCUUUUUUUCAGCAGUGUUUAGGAUGAUUUCAUUUAAGCCAAGUGAUGGCCCUAGUAUGUAUAGUUUCGGAUUCUGUAUCAAAUAAGACACGCCAUUAUUUUCAUCAUCUCGUUGUCUUGUGAAGUUUUGAAAUAAACCAACUUUUUUUCGUUGCAA